GUGUUUCUGCAUUGCAUUGAAGAAAUGGAAGCUGCAAUGAAGAACAUUUGCCUGCUCGUAGCUUUUCUUGUGAUUCUGGGUGUCGCUCAGUUCGAUGGGGCUUAUGGGGCUGGUGAAUGUGGAAAAUCCAACCCAGACACUGAGGCUUGGAAGCUGGCUCCGUGUGCAGCAGCAGCACAAGAUGCGAAUGCUGCAGUUUCUUCUAAGUGCUGCAGUCAGGUAAAGAGGAUAGGUCAGAACCCAAGCUGCCUCUGCGCCGUGAUGCUUUCUAAUACUGCCAAGACUUCAGGAGUGAAACCAGAAGUUGCUCUUACUAUUCCAAAACGUUGUAACAUUGCUGAUCGUCCUGUUGGCUACAAGUGUGGAGCUUAUACAUUACCCUGAAGACUCUGUCCAAGGAGUGCUGGAGAUUGUAUCGCACUAUUUCUGUAACCACUUCAUGUAGCUUUUUACUAUGACAUCCAGACACCUGAAAUAAUAAAUAAUAGUGUUUGUGUUUAAGUUUAA